GGCUCCUUUGGAUAAACUAGAGGUACCCUGGAUUUUAAAAACUAGAGGAGUGCAUUGGGCUAUAUCACAGACGUCUUUAGUGGAAACAACAUCGUAUUUAACAACAGGACGACGAACUGACGAUGAAUUCGGUGACGGAAACUCUCAUCCGACGUGCGGCUUGUCAGGCGGCCAGCUUGGCCCGCCAGAGCUCCCGCGGCGUCUACACGGACCGCCGACAGCAUCAGGCAGCGGAAGCGGCCGCCACAGCCGUCCUCAACUCCGAAUCCGACGCCGUCGUUUGCGAACCGAAAGUGAAAACUAUUAUGGAUUUACCAGGACCGAAAGGAUAUCCGGUACUUGGAAACGUGCCCGAAUACUUUAAGAAGGAUAAUAGAGGACAGAUGCACGAAGUUCAGCGGCGGAUGCACGUCAAAUACGGCCAUAUCUUCAAGGAGCCGAUGGGCCCGAUCACCAAUGUGUCAAUAUCGGAUCCUCGGUUCGUGGAGGAGAUCUUUCGUGCGGAGGGCAAGUAUCCGCACCGCCCGCCCUACGAUGCUUGGGUCGCCUACAAGGAGAUGAGGAAACGGAGCACGGGCAUCGUGUCCGCAUCGGGCGAGGAAUGGCGAAAGAUUCGGACCCUACUGAACAACUGUCUUCUGAGACCGCGGCAGGCGAGUCAGUACGUCGAUGACAUCAACCGGAUAUCCGGCGAGCUGACCGAGAAAUUGAGCGCUAUACGAGAUCAAGAUCGGGCGGACAACUUCGUGCCAAACAUGCUUAAUAUCAUGUACUCCUGGGCGAUUGAAUGUAUUGGUAAGGUACUGGUGGGGGAGCGAUUUGGUUGCCUGCAAGUGGACAUGCCGGAAGAGAUGACGCGUUUCGUGCGCAGCGUGGAGCAGCUGAUGUACACGAGCCAUCAGCUGAUGGCGUUCAGCAACGUGCACAAGUUUCUGGGAACCAAAAUCUGGCGCACACACGUUCAGUCAUGGGACACAGUUAUUGAAAUCACCAAGAAAAUCCUGGAUGCUAAGCAGGCCGAUAUCAUGGAGCGCGUUAGCCGCGGAGGUGACAUCACGGAGGCGACGGUGUUCGAGAACAUGCUCGCCAGCGAAAACCUCAACAUGGAGGAGGUGUACACUAACAUGACCGAGCUCCUCAUGUCGGGAGCGGACUCGACAUCCAACACAGUGUCGGUGGCAAUGUACCUGUUAUCGAAACAUCCCGAGGUUCAAGCACGAUUGCAUUCGGAAAUUAGCGGCCUUGAUACGGACGGAACGGGUUUUACCAUGGACCAUUUAAAACAAAUGCCCUACACUAAAGCUGUUACCAAAGAGGUUCUGCGGUUAUACCCCACUAUACCAACCAAUGCCCGUGUACUCACAGAGGAUACCAUGAUCGGUGGAUAUUUAAUUCCUAAAAAGACAAUCGUGUUAUUGAGUACAUUUACAAUGUGCCGCGACCCGAAGGAGUUCAACCAUCCAGACGACUUCAUACCGGAACGAUGGCUCCGGAACGAGAUUAAAGAAUUCAGCCCGUUUACGUCACUUCCGUUUGGGUUUGGCGCCCGAAGUUGCGUAGGCAGACGGAUUGCAGAAACAAUGAUUUACCUCAGCAUUGCCAAUAUCAUCAUGCGCUACGAGCUACGCCCGUCCCCACGGUCUCUCACCGUGAAGCCAUUUGUUCGCACUGUCCUUACCCUGGGGAAUGACCUUCCGGUCGAGUUUUACGACCGCUGAGUGGCGCACAUCUCCCAGCGAAACACGACGAUUAGGGCAAACAAAUAUGACACGCAAAUCCAAUUGUAUGCUAUUGGAUUUCACUUAUCCAGGUUACUUGAAUAGCCGUAUUUUGAAAAUGCGGAUGAACAGUUUUUUAUCGACAAUCGGCAAUAGGAAGGAGAAAUCUUAGAAGCAGAACUGUGGUGCAGUUGGUUCCAAAAAUACACGAUGGGUUACAAUGAAUCCUGCAAACAAUUUUGGUUAGAAUAAUACAUUAUCUGUUAGUUUGCAUUCAUUUAAACUUACUUCUACUUAAAUGCAAUAUUUUAGCACACCACGCUUUUCGAAGAACAUAGCUGCGUGUAUUAUAGAGUACCGCAUUCUUAUAUGGCCUUAAUCAUCAUUUGUUUGGUUAUCUUUGCAGAGUGGACAUGUUUAUAUACUAAAAACUGUACACUUAUGCCAACAAAGAGUUUUUAAGAGCAAAGCAAGAUUAUUUGAGUCAAGUUCUGAGAAAACUGGGCAUAAUGUAUGUUCGUAAAGUGACGUCCCAGAUUAGCCGAUGCAGUCCGCAUAGGCUUAUCAGGGACGACACUUUCCGCCUAAAUUGGAUUUUUGCUAAGAAGAGACUUCAUUUAAACGAAAAAUGUAAUUACAGCGGAAGAUGUCGUUCCUGAUUAGCCUGUGCGGAAUGCAUAUGCUAAUCUGGGACGGCACUUUACGCACAUGCAUUAUGCACAGUUUUCUCAGAACACGACUCAUUUAGUGAAAAACACAUACUCAACAUCUAUGGAUUCGUAGCACGUAUCUCAAAGUCAUUUGAUAUAUGUGUACCGUUUAAAUGUAUGCUGAGACAUGUUUUAUGAAAAGCACGUUAUCAUUUCAUUUCCUAGCUACGUGUUAACUUACCUGUUCCAUAAUGGAAUUCGUUUAACGAUAUUUUGUAAGUGGUUUUUUGACACUUUUAUUUUAUUUAUUGUAUAUACUGUACAUAAAUAAUCAUAUUGUUAAUGUUUUCUUAUCAUUAUGUAUCAUUCUUUGUUAUUUUUUGACGGUUUCGACAAUAACGGGUAUUUUAUUUUGUGUUUUAUUUCCCUGACACUUUCAUAUUUCCUGAGCGACAAUGACAAGUAUGCUAGCAUCAUAUGGACUGCUCGAUGCUUCUGCCUACAAAAUGCCUAAUAGUUUUAUACUAACUGACAGUUAUUGGUAAUUGUAUACAACGAGUUAUUUUUAUAUAUCCAUUUCAUUAACUUUUCUCUAAAAAGGGUGUUGGGUUUAAGACGGGUUUAUGUUCAGAUAAGUGAAGCCAUACAUGCAAAGCACGAAGCCGAAAAACUACCUCUGGAUCAGUCCGUACAGGCUAAUCGGGGACUUCACUUUUCGUGAUAACAUUAUUUUUGUAUAGAAGAGACUGUCUAAAUACGAAACUUUUCACAGAAGCAGGACAUAUCGUUUCCGAUCAGCCUGUGCGGGCUGCACUUGCUCAAAGCGAGCCUCAUGUUAUAGGACCUUAAGGGAUAGUUCCGUAUUGUUCAUAGUAAGUUGAACCUAAUAUAAAAGAAACAUAACAUCAGUGAUACAACCAUCGUUUGUGUCAUCCUUUUUUUAUUCGUAGCAUCAUCUUUUUUGUAUUGUUCGUAAAGCAAAACGGUGUGAUCAUUUGUGUUAAAAGUCUGUUAGUUUGAUUAUAUUGACUGACAAUUGUCGUUUUCUUAUGUCACGACUAAUGAACAUUUAGUUCUGUACAGUAUGGUUAAUUAAUGUCUUUUCAACAUUAAUCACCUCAAAUCCAUCUUAAAAUAAUCGAAGUAUCAUUUACCCAUUUAUGCCUAGCGUUUAGAAAUGAUGCGGCGUCUCAUCAGGGUCUGCCCAGUUUGCUUAAAGGAAUUUCUGUUAGAAAUAUUCUUAAUAUAGAAACAAAUAUACUUGACAUCCCUAAUGUUGAAAAUAAAUUGAUCCAAUUUAGAAGGACGGGAGAGUCCACUAUGUAUAAAUGGGUUAACAUGUUACCCAGUGUGUAUAUUUACGUCGUUCAAUACAACGAAAGUGACACUAAUGCUCGAAUCUAAUUGUGAUUGCAGCCAGGCGAUUUAGUACACUUAUAUACAAUUAGACAUCGUAUAACUCUAGGCUUAACUAUAUAUUACGUGUACUCUGCCAGUGCAUUUAAAUCGACGUGCAGAUCGUAUGAAUUUCUGCGUAUUAUUUCUAUGUAACCUUACAUCAAAUCGUCUGCAUUUUCAUUGUGUAACGACCGAGGUGUGUUUUAAAGGUAUACGUUAUAUCUUUUAGUAAACACCCAUAAAUGUAACCUAAUAUAACAUAAUGUAUUUUCAACACAAAAUGCAUUAUUUCUUUAAAUGUAUAUUACAGUUUUAAUUACAAAAUAUGUUCAUCAAUAAAUUAAAUACUUAAGUAUACUUGUUUCUUUAAUUGCACGAUAAGUGAUAAGUCAGUCACUAUCUCAAUGCACUUAUUCGGCAUCAUUUCAUUAUAUAGAUAGAUGUUUCAACAAUGCAAAUAUUUAACGUCUUUCAUUGGUAUGAGAUAAUAACAAUAAUUUCGUUAACUAGUGUAGUAAUCUGCUUUGUUACAUAUUUCUUCAUUAAGAUUAUGAUAUGGUUAUAGUUUUGUAUAAUUGUGUGUUGUGUUGUCUGUUGUCAGUUAACCCAUUUAUGCCUAGGGUCUAGAAAACAGGCCUUGGCAAACAGCGUGGGCCCAAAUGAGACGCCGCAUGAUGCGGCGUCUCAUCAGGGUCUGCGAUGUUUGCUUAAAGGAAUUUCUGUAAGAAAUAUUCUAAAUAUAGAAAUAAAUAUAUUAGACAUCCCUAAUUUUGGACAUAAUAUGAUCCAAUUUAGAAGGAUGGGAGAGUCCACUAGGCAUAAAUGGGUUAAAUUAAGUUGAUGACACCAUCCUCCCGGCUCUAUUCGUGUUUUUAUUGUUUGUAAAUAACUGUUUCAUAACUCUUUAAACUCAGUUAACAUAUUUGUUGAUUGUAUUCUUUUUAUAUAUUGUAACUCUAUUGUUGCGUUAAAUAAACAUAAAAUAUC